GAAUAGCCAGGACUCUUGUUCCAAGUCUUAUCCCUACACUCGGUUAAAGAAGAGAGGAAGUGUGAGCGUUGAGAGCAGUGGAAGAAGAUGGUUCAGAGACUCACCUACAGGAAGCGGCACAGCUAUGCCACCAAAUCCAACCAGAACAGAGUCGUGAAAACCCCCGGAGGGAGAUUGGUGUACCAGAGCACAAAGAAGAGAGCCAGCGGACCCAAGUGUCCUGUUACAGGAAAGAGAAUCCAGGGGAUUCCGCACUUGAGACCUGCUGAAUACAAGAGGUCUAGAUUGCCCAGGAACCGGAGGACAGUUAACCGCGCCUAUGGUGGCGUCUUGUCGGGUGGUGCUGUCAGGGAGAGGAUCAUCCGAGCCUUCUUGGUUGAAGAGCAAAAGAUUGUGAAAAAGGUUCUGAAAAUCCAGAAGGCUAAGGAGAAGGUUGCCUCGAAGAGCUGAAAUAAUGUCGUUAAUAAGGAAAUUUUUUAAGGAUUAUAUUAUGCGGGAAGGAAAUUUUGAUUUGGGAAUCUGAAAGAUUGUGGACUGUUACGAUAAGGUGCCUUGGAUGAAAGAUUUUCUUAAUGAAGUUUGCCUUUAUUGGACUUUAUUUCCUUGUAAGCUUGUUGACAAAUCAAAAAUUUUUUUAGAGCUCUA